CAAUCGAUAAAAGGCCCAAACCGAAGACAAGAGGCAUAGCAACCGGCAAGUCGAGUGGGAGCGAUCAGGAAAAGAUCAGCUGCGCAAGAAAUUCUUCAAUAUUUGAAGCCACAACGACAAACCCUCUCUCAGAUUGGCCGACGCCAACAUAAAUUCUGACUUCCGAGAUUCAGUUCCGGUUGUGGUAGACAUGGAUAGAUAUGAGCAUGAUUCCCCAACCAGGGAGGCAUAUGAUGAUGGCUAUGAGCGGAAUGGGACUGAUAGGUCGAGUAAGCAUCGGAGCAAGGAUAGGAAAGACAAGGAUCACAGAGACAAAGACCGAGAACGGUCUAAGAGAAGUGGUGAUGAUGUUGCAAAGGAGAGAGAGAAGGAGACUAAAGGUUUGGAGAAGGAGCGUGACAAGCAUAGAGAUAAGGAUAGGAAUAAAGAUAGUAAGGUGAGGGAGAAAGAUUAUGAUCGGGAAAAGUACAGGGAGAAAGAGCGUGAGCGUGAUAGGAAAGAUAGAGGGAAGGAAAAGCAGCGGGAAAAGGAGAAAGAGAGAGAAGGCGAUAAAGAGAGAGGGAAAGAAAAGGGCAGGGAUCAGGAUAGAGAAAAGGAAAAGGAGAGAGAAAAAACAAAGGAGAAAGAUAGGGGGAAGGAAACUGAGAAGCAUAAGGACCAAGAGAAGGAUAGGGAAGACAAUCAUGACAGAGAUAGACAAAAAUCCAGAGAGAAGACUAGGGAGAAGGAGAGGGAGAUGGAUCAAGAGACAGAUAGGUUGAAGGAUAGAGAAAGAGUGACCAAGAAAAGUGGCGAGGAAGAUCGUGAUAAAGGCGAGGAAGAUAAACUUAAAUUCAUUGAUGAUCAUAACAGGGAUAAGGACAUUGCAAAGCCAGGGAAGGUUUCUUUUCGCGAUAAAGAUGGCACAGCCAGAGCGCAUGUUGCAGCUUCAGAGCUUGAGGAGCGCAUUGUCAGGAUGAGAGAAGAAAGAGAAAAGAAAAGAGCUGAAGGUGCUUCUGAGAUCUUAUCAUGGGUUAAUAAGAGUCGUAAACUUGAGGAGAAAAAGAAUGAUGAGAAAGAAAAGGCGUUACAGCUCUCAAAGGUUUUCGAGGAGCAGGACAAUAUUGGUCAGGAAGAAACUGAAGAUGAGGAGGGGAGUGAGCAGAAUAGUGGCUCUUUAGCAGGAGCAAAAGUUCUUCAUGGUCUCGACAAAUUAAUGGAAGGUGGAUCGGUUGUUUUAACUCUGAAAGAUCAGAGUAUACUUGCUAAUGGUGACAUCAAUGAAGAUGCUGAUAUGCUUGAAAAUGUUGAAAUUGGAGAGCAAAAACGCCGGAAUGACGCUUAUAAGGCUGCAAAGAAGAAAACAGGAAUCCAUGAGGAUAAGUUCAAUGAUGACAUUUCUUUGGAGAAGAAAAUACUUCCUCAGUAUGAUGAUCCAGCUGAAGAUGAGGGACUAGUCCUUGAUGGGCGGGGGCGCUUCACAGCCGAAGCAGAGAAGAAACUGGAGGAGCUCCGAAGAAGAAUCCAGGGUGGUUCGACAAGUAAUCAAUUUGAGGAUCUCAACUCAGCUGCAAAAAUCUCAUCAGAUUACUAUACUACUGAAGAAAUGCUUCAGUUUAAAAAGCCCAAGAAGAAAAAAUCCUUGCGAAAGAGAGAUAAGCUGGAUAUUGAUGCCCUCGAAGCAGAGGCUGUUGCCACAGGAUUAGGUGUUGGAGAUAUUGGUUCUCGCAAUGAUGGGAGAAGACAGGCUAUUAAGGAGGAGCUGGAGAGAUCUGAGGCUGAAAUGAGAAGUACUGCAUACCAAGCAGCUUAUGCUAAAGCGGAUGAGGCAUCUAAAUCACUGCGGAUGGAACAAACUCUUCCUAGUAAACCAGAAGAAGAUGAAAAUCCUGUGUAUGCUGAUGAUGAUGAGGAUCUUUAUAAAUCCUUAGAAAGAGCCAGGAAAUUAGCACUGAAGAAGCAAGAAGAAGCAGCUUCUGGUCCUCAGGCAGUUGCCCACCGUGCCAGCACUGUUAUCAGUCAAAGUGCAGAUGAUCAAAUUGUCACAAAAGAUGAGUCACAAGAGAACAGGAUAGUCUUUACAGAAAUGGAAGAGUUUGUUUGGGGUCUUCAGCUCGAUGAAGACACCCGCAAACCAGACAGUGAAGAUGUUUUUAUGGAGGAGGAUGAAGAUCCAAAGGCUUCUGAUCAAGAAGGAGAAGAUGAGGCUGGUGGGUGGACAGAAGCUUUGCAGGAUUCAAUAAUGGAUGAAAUGCCUGCUAACAACAAUACAGAAGAAAUAAUUCCAGAUGAAACGAUUCAUGAAGUUGCAGUGGGGAAAGGUUUAUCUGGAGUUUUGAAGCUGCUCAAAGAGCGUGGAACCCUGAAAGAAACUGUUGAAUGGGGUGGUAGGAAUAUGGACAAGAAAAAGAGCAAACUUGUUGGCAUUGUGGAUGAUGCUGGUAAUGAAAAAUUCAAGGACAUCCGUCUUGAGCGGACAGAUGAGUUCGGGCGUGUGUUGACUCCAAAAGAAGCUUUUCGUUUGCUCUCCCACAAAUUCCAUGGCAAGGGGCCUGGCAAAAUGAAGCAAGAGAAAAGGAUGAAGCAAUACCAAGAAGAAUUGAAGUUGAAGCAAAUGAAGAAUUCGGAUACACCAUCACUGUCUGUUGCGAGGAUGAGAGAAGCUCAAGCUCAGUUAAAGACACCCUACCUUGUUUUAAGCGGUCACGUUAAACCUGGGCAAACUAGUGAUCCAAGCAGUGGUUUUGCUACUAUUGAAAAGGAUCUCCCUGGGGGAUUGACACCCAUGCUUGGUGAUAGAAAGGUUGAACAUUUCUUGGGGAUAAAGCGUAAGGCUGAACCUGAGAACUCAAGUACACCAAAGAAGCCUAAAACUUGAAAGUGACCGAAAUUUUCUGCCAGAGAUUGUGGGCAAUUUAAAUUUCUGUCUCAGCAGUGCAUUCAAUUACUUACAGCCUUACAGGAAGGCACACAUGUUAUCAAGGAAUCUUUUGUUAAAUGGGUUAAGUAUAGCAGCACAUUGCCCCUCUUGCAGUACAUAUGUGCCCAGCUGGGCUUUAUUUUCCGCGGGACGUUUGGCGGUAUGACAUCAUUAACAUCAAGAUAUCUUAAUACUUUUUUAUCUGUAUAUCUGUUAUUACUUGAUUGAGAGGAAUACCUCACAUGGAACUCGUGGUGCUUAUUACUGUUGCCCAGAUUAAGACAAUUUGUGGUAGUUGAUGAAUUUAUGCGAUUAUUAAUCGUUCA